UGACCACCAGGUGGCGACGGUGAGUUUACCGUCAACGUUGAACACUUUAAUGCUGCCAGAAGAAGGGGAGAUUGAGACGAGACAAGAUGAUCGGCGAUCUGUUAAUUUUCUGCACUUUGCUAAUGAACGCCGGGGCUGUUUUAAACUUUAAACUGAAAAGGAAAGAGUCUCAAACGCACGGAUUCGGCGAUGAUCCCAGCCGAUCAACAACAGGUGACAACAUCCGGGAGUUUUUACUGAGUCUGCGCUACUUCCGCAUUUUUAUAGCGCUCUGGAACAUCUUCAUCAUGUUCUGCAUGAUCCUGUUAUUCGGAUCGUAACCCAAUCCAUUCUCAACCUGGACAUGAAGGACAAUCCUCAACACUUUUCUUUUUCGGUACUGGGAUCUUCAACUCUGGCUUUGUCUUCUCAAGAGCCUUUGGAGUGGGAAAUUUCGUUUCCUCCAUCGUAUCCAUUACGCCAGUGUCUUAUGGGUCAACUAAUGGUCAUUUUGAAGGUCUUCAGGACUGAUGUUGACUGUGGUGUCUUUAUAAUUUCAAACUGACAUAUUGCUUGUCAGUUGAUGUGCUUGUGAUCGUCAGCAGAUAUGAAGCGUUUUUGUGAAUAUCAGCUGCACACACAUUGGCUAAUAGAACAGCACCA